AUGUCCUCCGAGCCUUUCCAGCUCGAAAGACACAUUCGCGAACUGCUGAUCCAGGUCUACCACCGCCCCGAAGUGUAUGAUUGGAAUGACGUUCAAAUAGCCACGUUGAGUGCUCUCGGGGAUAUCACCGCCGACCUCUGUCAGCAGCAGGCGGAGAGAGAGUUGGAAGAUGAACGCAUGCAAAUUGACCAACCAGAAGGCGCCCAGAAUUCAGAGUUGGAAGAGGAUUCGGAUUCGGAUGACUCUAGCCGACCCGAGAACGAUCAUAACCCCGAGGGCGGCUCGUCUACUACCUCUGGCUCCACCUCCUCACGAGAGUCUAAAACAAGCUCGGGUUCCGAGCCCAGUUACAGGCCUCGCAACGGUCAAGGAGGUAAGAAGGCCAGACCCCCUGCCGGCGGAAAGGUGCUGAAUGGCCGUGUCCUGAGCCUCGAGGAACGUCGUGUGUGGCGAUGCGCAUUAGGAUGCAACAAGGGAUAUACGACAAAGGGUCGCCUUACCACGCAUUACAGAGACGAGCAUGUCGGAUGGAGGGACAUGGGGCUGCCUCCCGGCCAAUCCCUUUAUCCUCCCGGUCUGAAAUAA